AUGUCACGCGCUUCGGCCGGCUUUGCAGACUUCUUUCCAACAGCUCCAUCGGUUCUGCAACGCAAGCGCUACGAGACAGGACAUGACCGGCGCGAUCGAGAAGGUGAUGGCGACGCAACCGAAACAACCGCCCUCUCGGCUCUCGCCGCAUCGACCACGCCCAGGACCGGCGCGACUUUGCCGGAAUCCGCAGGCGAGAGGAAUAAUCUUCAACCACAACCGCGCGCCGGCAACCCCGAAUUCACUGCAUCUCAUGAGACGCCCAAUGGACAUCUUCUCCCUACCCCGGCCACGGUCCCUGCCCAUAUCGAGACCCUGACGCCGCUCACAACCAUAGAGUCGUCUCCGCCUCGAAAAAUGACCAGCCCACUGUCAAAGGCGACAGAAGCAUAUUUGCCUGAUCAUCAGGUUGGUCGAUUACCAGAGCCUGUCAAAUCUGCCAUGACCCCCAUUCACACGCCCCCCACUCCGCAAUCCCAGAGUCGCCCAGGGAAUGUGGUUAAAGGCUGCAAGGCGAUCUAUGACCCCGACUUGGACAAGCGCGCCCUCAAAGAAAGAAAACGAAAACCGGAAUACUUAGAUAUUCUCUCAAACGGUCAAACGAAACCCUCCGACCCGCGCCUCGCCAUUUCCAAUUAUACCUGCGGCGUCGGCAAGCAAAAGGCCAAAUACCGGCCCUCGCCUUACUACCUCAAGCCAUGGUCAUACGACGCAACAACGAGCAUUGGACCUGGGCCCCCAAUACAAGUUGUGGUAACGGGUUUCGACCCCCUCACACCAGUCGCUCCGAUUAGUGCGCUUUUCUCGAGUUUUGGUGAUAUCGCAGAGAUGAACAACCGCACCGACCCGAUUACAGGCCGGUUCCUCGGUAUCUGUUCAAUCAAGUACAAAGAUGCGGUUUCAUUUCGCGGCGGUGGUGCUGUCUCGGCUUCGGGUGCUGCGAGGCGGGCUUUCUUCGAAUGCAAGAAGGAGCAACGGAUCGGAACUCGCAGAAUUCGGGUUGAGCUGGAUCGUGACGGUGUUGUCUCGGAACGAAUGGCCACCAGGGCGAUAGAUUCUCAAAGGUUGGCCUCCAAAAACAGUUCGGCGACCGUCGAGACAAAGGUCGAGCCUCAAGCAAAACGAAAUGAGCCCCCACCGAGUGCGCCCAAGGGUCCCUCAGGAAAGUCUUCUUUGCGCCCUGGUCUCGUUAUUCCCGAUGGGCCAAGAGCCAGUGUGCGAUCUCCCUCGGUCCAAUCAUUGGUUGAAGAUGCCCCCAUAUUGGCUCAGAUUAAACGCGAUCCCUAUAUUUUCAUCGCUCACUGCUACGUGCCUGUCCUCAGCACCACCAUUCCGCAUCUCAGGAAACGUCUCAAGUUUUUUGACUAUAAGACUAUCCGUUGCGACAAGACUGGCUACUACAUCAUAUUCGAAAAUUCACGAAGAGGCGAGGAGGAAGCGGCACGCUGUUUCCGCUUAUGCCAUAUGCAGCCACUUUUCACAUAUAUCAUGAACAUGGAAAGUCAGAUUCACGGCAAUCCCAAUUACGUUCGCAGUCCCAGUCCUGAGCGUCUUCGGGCUGAGCAACGAGAAAAGGCGAAGCAAGAUCGGCUCCGAAGAGAGGCUGAGUUGGAUAUCGAGGAGGAGAAAAAGCAGCGCGCAAUCGACUUGGAUCCGUGUCGAGAAGUACUCUGCAUUAUCAUUCGUGAUCUGAGGGAUAAGUUGCUCGAGGAUGUGAAAUCACGAAUCGCCGCACCAACUCUGUACGACUACCUUGACCCUGAAAAACACGCGUCAAGAAGAGAGAAGCUGGGAAUUUCCGGGCCGGAAGGCACCAAACCUCCGGUAUUCCGAAUUGAGACUGACACCACGCUCGGUGCUCAGAAUUCGCGCUCUGAGAUUUUCAAUGGACGAGAAAAGCAUGGAUCAGUCCUCAACCUUCCACGUAUCCGCAAAGCGCAAGGUUUGGAUCGUGCAGGAACCGCCUUCGUGGAUGAGCGGCGACGCCAACCUCUGCGAAGAAAGGAAAUCCGGCCUCUCUACCAUCGCCUUCAACAAUUGCAUGAUGAAGAUGAUUCGGAGGAUGAGCAACGGACACCUCUUACUCGGUACACAGAGGAGAGGAGUAGCCACCCCCCAAGCCGGACAUCUUUCGACGAGGAUUCGGAAACCGACCCAGAUGACGAAUACCGAUCAGACACCCUUGAACAUAUGGAAGAAACUGCUCCAGAUGCAACGGGUGGUCUGGAUGAAGACAAUGGUCCGGUGCAUGAUGUAGAGACUCUGUCUCCUCGCUCGCGAAAGAGGAAACGACUUACUGGCGAGCAUGAAACAAGGAAACGGCAGAGACAAGAUGAUGAGCUUUUCGAAAUCAAGACUGUCAGUGACGUCGCCGACAAGCAUAUUGAGGCGGUUGUGUCUGCCGAUAUCGCUCUCGUUCAGGCAGAGGACGCGUCAAUUGACUCUGGCGACCAGCUAUCACAUGAGGAAUAUUCUGAUCUGGGAGUUGACAAGGAUACAGUGCGCGACAACAUAUCCGUGGAUGGAAAUUGGAAGACUGCAGUGCUUGUUGACGAGCCAAGAACGGAAGUUCACUGGGGCAUGUCCCAGGAUGUACCACGUGCGACAGUCGAGGAUGAUGAAAACAUUGUCUUGGAUCUGCAUGGUUGGCAGCACUUGGUGAAAGAUGAUGAAGACAUACGCUUUCUUCGUCAUGUUUUAUCAGAUCAGCCCGCAUCCCAAAUUGAAAGUCUUAGGGCAUGGGCAUGGCGGCAGAAGGAGAUCAAGGCUCUUAAUCGUCUUGGGCCCAGUGGUCCGACACACGAGACAAUUGGAAUCGCGGGCUAUUAUGUGCCGAACACGACAGGCGCAGCCCGAACUGAGGGACGCAAGAGAAUCCUCAACUCUGAAAAAUCGAAAUACCUCCCGCAUCGCAUCAAGGUCCAAAAGGCUCGCGAGGAACGAGAAGCAAAAGCAAAGGCUGACCCUCAAGCUGCGGCGGCCGAGGCUGCGAGAAUUGCAGCUGCGAAGACCAUUUCGAAAUCGACGUCACGGUCAACUCGAGUCAACAAUCGCCGGCUGAUUGCUGAUAUCAAUGCUCAAAAGCAAGCCCUGCCCACCUCAAGUGGUGAAGGAGAUGUUCUUCGAUUCAAUCAGCUGAAGAAGCGGAAGAAACCUGUUCGUUUCGCACGGUCCGCCAUUCAUAACUGGGGAUUGUAUGCCGAGGAGAACAUAUCAGCCAACGACAUGAUUAUUGAGUACGUUGGAGAAAAGGUUCGACAACAGGUGGCAGAUAUGAGAGAGCGACGAUAUCUCAAGAGCGGAAUUGGUAGCAGCUAUCUCUUCCGGAUUGAUGAGAACACGGUCAUUGACGCCACGAAGAGAGGCGGGAUUGCAAGAUUCAUUAAUCACAGCUGCACGCCAAACUGCACUGCCAAAAUCAUCAAAGUUGACGGAAGUAAACGUAUCGUGAUUUACGCGCUCAGAGACAUUGAAAGAGAUGAGGAGCUUACGUACGAUUACAAGUUCGAGAGGGAAUGGGAUAGCGAUGAUCGCAUCCCGUGUCUCUGUGGUUCUACUGGCUGCAAAGGGUUUCUCAAUUAG